AUGUUGCAACUCGACAUUAACAAUGCCUUCUUAAAUGGUGACCUCAAUGAAGAGGUCUAUAUGCAAUUGCCGCCAGGUCUAACUUUGCCAUCUUCUUUGUCUACAGAUUCGAACCUGGUUUGCAAACUUCACAAAUCAAUUUAUGGACUUCGACAAUCAUCCAGACAAUGGUACAAAAAGUUAUUCGAGGCUUUACUCCAAGAAGGGUUCAAACAAUCCCAGGCAGAUUAUACUCUUUUCACACGAGGCACAAAUGAUCAGUUCAUUGCUCUUCUCGUUUAUGUCGAUGACAUAGUUCUAACUGGACCAAAUCUUGCUACUUUACACCAGCUUCAAGCUUCUCUACAUCAGAAAUUUAAGCUCAAGGCUCUCGGACCCUUACGAUAUUUUCUUGGCUUUGAAAUAGCCAAAGGAAAAGAUGGUCUGUUUCUAUCUCAACGCAAGUAUACGAUUCAAUUACUUGAAGACACGGGUUAUGCAGGCUGCAAACCAGCAAAAACACCCAUGGAUCCGCGACUGAAACUGGAUGAUCAACAGGGGGAACCUCUUACUAAUCCUUCCUCAUACCAUCAGCUGAUUGGAAAACUUCUAUACUUGACCCUAUCGAGACCGGACAUCACAUAUGCAGUGAAUUGUCUAAGCCAAUUCAUGACAAACCCACGAAGCACACAUUUACAGGCAUUAAACCAUCUGCUUCGAUACCUCAAAGGAUGUCCCAGAAAAGGUCUACUUUAUUCACCAGAUUCUUCCUUACAUCUCAGAGGUUUCUCCGACUCUGAUUGGGCUUCCUGUCCCAUCACACGACGCUCCACAACCGAUUUUUGUAUCUUCAUAGGAGAUUGCCUAAUAUCCUGGAAGACCAAGAAACAACCUACUAUUUCUAAAAGCUCUGCAGAAGCAGAAUACAGGGCCCUAGCAGCAACUACGAGCGAGAUCACAUGGCUUCAAUACCUCCUCAACGACUUGCAACUACAACAAACUAAGCCAGCUUUCAUUUAUUGUGACAAUCAGUCAGCAAUACACAUUGCCAACAAUCCCACAUUUCAUGAGAGAAAUAAACAUAUAGAACUUGAUUGUCACUGCAUUCGUGACAAAAUUAACAACUCAACUAUUUGCCUUAUCCCUAUUUCAAGCAACCUACAACUUGCAGAUGCCUUUACUAAACCUUUACCAUCUACCACUCUCAAUUCCCACAUCAUCAAGAUGUCUGUAUAUAAUCUAUACAGUCCAUCUUGA